GGCGAGCUGCCGCGGAGCUCUGAGUCCUAGCGCCUGGCUGCGUGCGCUGAGGCGAGCCGCACAGACCCUCGCCGCAGCUUUCUGUUCAGAUCUGCUUGUCUUUCCUACCAGACGACAGAGAAAGGAGUCUGGGAAAUCUGUUUUCACAGUUUUGCACUGCAUCUUGUUGACAAGGAUUAAUUUAUUUUUGGAAAUCAAGUGCAAUAUUAAAAGGAAAACAAACCACAUUAUAUUAUUGGAAGCCAUUUCUAAUUAUAUUACUUUUUAAAAUUUAUGAUUUGAUUUGAAUACUAUCAUGGGAGGAGCUGUGAGUGCUGGGGAAGAUACUGAUGACUCAAUUGAUAACUUAAAAGAAGCUCAGUAUAUCCGCACUGAAAAAGUGGAGCAAGCCUUCACAGCUAUUGAUCGUGGAUAUUACUAUUUGGAAGACUACCGAGACAAUGCUUACAAAGACAGCCUGGAAGCAUGGGAACAUACACCUGGUCAGCACUGUACAUUUACUCUGAAGUUAUGGAAGCAUUGAAACUUCAACCAGGAUUGUCUUUUCUUAACCUGGGAAGUGGAACCGGAUAAUUAAGUACAAUGGUGGGCUUAAUUUUAGGUCGUUUUGGAAUAAAUCAUGGGAUUGAGCUUCAUUCAGAUGUGGUGAAAUAUGCUAAGGAAAAACUGGAGAGCUUCAUCAAAAAUAGUGAUAGCUUUGGUAAAUUUGAUUUCUGUGAACCUGCAUUUGUGGUUGGUAAUUGCCUCCAGAUAGCAUCGGACAGUCAUCAGUAUGAUCGAAUUUAUUGUGGAGCUGAAGUCCAGAAAGACCAUGAAAACUACAUGAAAAUCUUGCUGAAAGUUGGAGGCAUUCUAGUCAUGCCUAUAGAAGAUCAGUUAACACAAAUUAUGCGAACUGGACAAAACACUUGGGGAAGUAAGAAUAUCCUUGCUGUUUCAUUUGCUCCACUUGUGCAGCCAAGUAAGAAUGAUAAUGGCAGACCAGAUUCAGUGGGACUCCCCCUCCCCCGCCGGCCUUGUGCUGUCAGGAAUCUACAGGACUUGGCUCGCAUUUACAUUCGACGCACACUUAGAAAUUUCAUAAAUGAUGAGAUGCAGGCCAAGGGGAUUCCUCAGAGGGCUCCACCCAAAAGGAAAAGAAAGCGAGUUAAGCAGAGAAUUAACCCCUACAUAUUUGUGGGUAAUCAGCUUAUUCCUCAGCCUCUAGACAGUGAAGAGGAUGAAAAAAUGAAAGAGGAAAACAAAGAAGAGGAGAAAGGCCAUAGUGAAGCCGUGAAAGCAGAGGAGCCCCCUCAGAAUUUACUGAGAGAAAAAAUCAUGAAGCUCUCUCUGCCUGAAUCUUUAAAAGCUUACUUGACGUAUUUUAGAGAAAAAUAACUUACAUCAAGAAAGAAUGCCUACUGAUAAUUCCUUU